CUGAUGAACACCAUCAUGUAUGGUAUCGACGCUACAGACCCUGUCCUGCAGCCCUGCUACUGCUAAGGCAGAGAUCCUAGCUCCAAAAUAUCUAGUGCCUAGUAGGCAGCUACAUACUACUUAUAGCUACAUAAUAUUUACUAUAUGUAUUGUACAUGACAUAUGUAUACAUGUAUGCAGGUAGCCAAGAUGAACUUUGCUCCUGGACAUGAUACCCAAUGCCGAGGAGCCCAAGCUAAUCAGCAACCGUGACUCUUUCGCUUAGCUUGGGAACCUGGGAAACUUGGAGCGGGGCGUGGAGGGGAGGGGGAGCAACAUGAACUUCAAGAUGAACAUGUAGGUAGUUAUGUACUGUACAUCGAGAGGUAAUAGCGCAAGGGCAAAAGCAGGCUGAGUAGCAGCCCAGGGAGGGGUGGUGGGUUGCCGCAUGAAAACGAGAAAGGCUGACGAAUCGUGUUGACCUUCGAAAUCCUGCGCGCGCCCAGUCAGUCAGUCAGUCAGCAUUCUAAACCCAAUGCUCUCAAGUUCACCUAAUUGAACGGCUGACCAUUGCCAAGAACGAUAUGCUGUCGACAUAUACAUAUGUAAAACCUAGGUUUACAUACAUAGUAUAUAGUUACCUGCUGCUGCUGGCCCAUACAUACAUCAGCGGAGAAUAUUCCACCGCUUACCCUGCGUCACUAGGUCUGUACGUAGUUAGUAGUUUAGUAGGAUAUAUAUGUAUGUACCUAUCCAAGUCUGGUCUGUCUGACAUAUUGACAGCCUGGAAGGGGGGGGGGUUCUUCAAAAAUGCAUUUAUUUAUUUAGCUUAGCCGCUCGUAGAAUGUCAUAAAUUGCUUGCGUUAACGACUAACCCAGAAGAGUACUAUUUGCGUUGCGAGGUGACCCAAACGAAUGGAAGCUCUCUCUGGCGUCUCCCUUGGCGGUCGUCCAAUACAUGUAUGUAUGCACUCCGCCGCAGCCGGGGAUAUGAAUUGAUACGUACCCUUCUACACACAUACAUACACAUGCAUACCUACAUAUGUACAUACAUAGUCACGACCCCCAGACUCAAUGUUCUAGGUCACGGUUGUUGGUUGGGGUUUGUAUACGACAAGGUGCGCGUGAAAGAAAGGGCCAAGAAAAAUGCCGAUCUUAUCUCCGCCCACAGCUCCGGGAGGGAGAUCACGGGUUAACAGGCAAGGUACCUAUAUGUAGUCCCGGGCAUAGUCCUUUCGACGAAGCACGAUAAAUGCGAGGCAUGAGACAAACAACGGCCGCCCACACGGGCCGCUUCUGCGGGGGGGAGGGGAUACUAUACUGGCAAUCAUAUGAUGAACGAGGGGGUAGGGGCUUUUCGACCGUGAGUCUGUAGUAAGGGUGAAUUUAUUUGCUAUUAUGUCUAGGUAGGU